CCCCCCCACACACACACACAAACCCUGCUCACAAUAUAUUACUUAAGACAAUCUCAUAAUUUUGGGGGUCUGACUCCUGAAUGUUAAAUGUUUGGGGUUGACAGGACUGAACAGGGCCCUGCUCUGAUUUCUGUGCAGGAUUCUGUGUCAAACCAGAGUCACUGAGAGCAACAGCAGGCAAGGAGUCCAACUUAUAUUUACUUUGUUUUUUUUUCUUUUCAGUUCAGGUUCAGUCAAUAAAACAAAAUUAUGGUUCAGGUUCGGUUCCAGAACAAGUACAAAAUACUGUUUUGACCUGGGUUUGUGAUUCCAGUGUGAGUCCAGAUGGGCAAAUGAGAUCAGCAUCAGCCUGGCUGUCCCUGGGGGAUGCAGGGGCAGCACAGGGAGGCUCAGUCAUUAGCUGCCCCUACUAGAGAGCUCUGGUAAUUGCUAAGGCAGAGGAAGCUGGUGUCAGUCUUUGUGCUCAGGUUACUGGAGCCCUAGAGCUAGCUGGGCUUCCUGGGGUAGAUGCUGCUGCCUCCACUGUGAUCUGGGAACAUGCUGCUGCCCAGCGGGGUCUGUGCUGGGAUAGACCAUCACUAACAUCCCCUCUAUGCCCAGCCGAGGGGGGACUUUCUCCUGUGACUGUCAUCAGUGGUCUAGAUCAGCCCUGGGCUGUGCCACCAACAGCUCUUGAGUUGGAGACUCCAGGUGAAGAGAGAGAACUUGGAGAAAGUGCUGAGGAUGGCAGGAAAGUGACUGCACAAAUGGCCCCUCCUCACUCCAUCUCAGCUCCCCAUGUGUCUGUGAGUCCCAGAGCAGCUGUCCCAGGCACACCCAGGCUCACACCCUUAUUAGCAGUGGCAGUAGCUGUUGGAGAGGAAAUGCCCACAGGAAUGGCAGGACAGUGACCAGUUCUUCCAUGCAGAAGGGAGACAGAAGAGGCUGAAUGGGGCAGCAGGUGCAAUAAGUGCGGGGGAAGGUUCCCAGUGCCCAGCCCUGCGCAGCUCCAUUUCCUGCAGAACCCUGGGACAGAUUGACUUUCCUGGGACAAUUUGAGGAGCAGAGAGAGAAAAAGCCAUUUCCUGCCUCUGCCUCAUCCUUGUGCUGCUGGGGGAAUGUGCUGUCCUGGGGACAGUGUCGGGGGGAUCCCCCAAAGUGGCUCCUUUGAUUCUGUUCUUUUCUAGAGUUUGCUCAGAGACUUUGUUACUGGGAGGGUUUAAAAGUGUCUUGUGGGUUUAGUCCCGGUGGGAGCGGUCAGGUCUGUGUUGUAAUAACAUAACUGAGGAUUUUCCCAGCAUGGCAGAGUCUAGAGUGUCUGUCUGCAGGGAAAGAGCCUGGGGGGAAUCUGUGUGUGAAAUGGACUAAUGCUAAUUCAAAAACCUCCACAAUUGCCCUUCUCAUCCUGACAGGCUGCAGAAUAACAACCACGUUUUUCUCCAGAUCAUCCCAUCUUCCUAGGGGCCAGGGAAGGGAAAUGGCUGUGGUGGAUCCAGCUCAGAUGCCGGUGACCUUCGAGGAGGUGGCUGUGUAUUUCACCCAGGGGCAGGGGACUCUGCUAGACCCCAGUCAGAGAGCCCUCUACAGGGACAUCAUGCAGGAGAAUUAUGAGACUGUGACCUCGCUGGGACUCCCCAUUACCAAACCUGACCUGAUUGCCGGCGGAAGGAGGGGAAGAGCCAUGGGUCCCAGAUCUCUAAGCCUCCGAGGAAAGGAAGAUCCCAAGAGGCGGCCGCACAGUAGGUGAUAAAACAAUGAGUGUGAACGAGGAGAGGAGGGGAAUCCACAGCAGGAAGAUUCAGAGCAAGUGGAACUGCAGGGGACCUUUUUGAGAAGAGCUGAAGGGAAUUUUCCCCAGUGCUUGGAACAGAGAAAAGGCUGGAAUAAUUGGUGCAGGUCAGAGAGAAAGCUGGGAAACUUCCAAAGGAAGAAAGUGGAUGAAUCAAUUGAGUGUGGUAGAGGAGGCAAGGAUCCCAAAGAAACCACAGCCCAGCAGACAAGUCACAAGGAAAAGAAGCCCUAUAAAUACUUGGACUGUGGGAAAAGCUUCAGUUACCCCUCAGCCCUUAUUAACCACGAGAUAAUCCACACAGGAGAUAGAUUUUAUAAAUGCCUUGAGUGUGGCAAAAGCUACAGUCAGCGCUCAACCCUUAUUACCCAUGGGAGAAUCCAUACGGGGGAGAGACCCUAUAAAUGCUCAGAAUGUGGGAAAAGCUUCAGUGUUAGCUCACAUCUUAUUACUCAUUAGAGAGUACACACGGGAGAGAGACCGUAUAAAUGCCUUGAAUGUCGGAAAAGCUUCAGUGACAAAUCAAAACUCAUUACACAUCAGAGAAUCCACACAGGAGAGAAACCGCAUAAACGCUUGGAUGAUGGGAAAAGUUUCAGUUCCAGCUCAUACCUUCCCAAACAUUGAAGAAUCCACAUGGGGCAGAAUCUAUAAAUGUCCCUAAAUCCUCUGAGGUGCUGGGUUACAGGGGAUCAAAUGUGAAGGGACCAGGAGAGAUGGGUUAUGGGGAGAAACUGGGAUAUUGAAUGGUUGGGUCUGGUCAAUGUGGGAUGCAGAGGGUGCUGGGGAAAUCAAGUAUUAAGGAUCACGGGAUAAGAGAGGAGAAUACACGGAAGAGAGGUGCUGCCUCUUAUCACUUACCCCCUCUGCCCCUUUUCCCUGCACCCUCUGCAUUCAAAAAGCACCACUGAGAGGGACUGAUUUCCACACGGUCAUUUGUGGGAGGUAUAAAGGCUUCGGGAUCCCACCUCUCCCUGCACAGCACCAGCUUCUGAGGGUCUCUCUGUGGUGGGAAAAGUGGUUGGGAUUAGCUAGCAAAUCUCCCCCGACCCUCCCCCACUUUUCCUAGUCUAGAUGGACCCCAACCAUUUUAUAUAUUCUGAUCCCCCACAUUAAUAGAGUGAUUGUUAGAGUCACUGAGUUGCCCCUUUGGGGAGAGAUUGUUUCAUUUCCACAUAGUCUCACAUUGCUCCAGGUUAUGCCAAAAACAUUUAUUUUUUGUACACUGACUCCCUUAGAGACCAGAUUUAAACAGAUUCUAAAAGUCCUGGAGCAGGGUUAGGAAAAUGUGGUGUUUGGAUUCUGUGGUAUUUGAGGAUGAUGGGAUGAGUUGGAGGGAUUCCCUCCUCUUCCCUUCAUUGUCAUGCUCCACCCCAACACAGCAGCCUCUGUCCGAGCCUUGGAUAGUUUAUCCUCCCCCCAUUCUACUGUCCACCUUCCAGCAUGGCACUUGCCACAAUGUUCUUUACUCUCCAUGCUUAGGAAUCACACUUCGAUUUUUUUAAUCCUGACUCAGACUCGUGAGGGCUAGAGAUGAAAGUGUCCCAGACCUGGAGAUGAUAUUCAAAUGAAUCCCAAAGCUCUGUUUGAGCUUUCUGACCUUAAAUUCCUGUUUCCAUCUAUUGGUAAAGUGUCUUCUGGGCUUUUUCUAGCCACUCCCAGAACAUUUGGAGAUGGGCAGAUUUUAGCUUUGGUUUGUUUUUGUUCCUUUUUUUUUUUCUUUUUUGCAUUAGGACUAUGCUGAAACUUUUGUAAAUGACACAACCAAAUAAUGAGGAGGUGCUGAGUACUGCAGGUUUAGCCAGUUCAGAGGAAAAUGGAUACAUUUGUUUUCCUUCUUUUAGGAGUUAUGAUUUUGUGGGAUUUCACUUUUUGAACCUGAAAGUGUUUUGUAGCCCAUCUUUUAAUGUUGGUUUGUCUCACUUCUGAAGGCUGUUUGUUCACAUUGUUUGAUAUUAGUUUAGUUUAACAGGAUGUAGCACAGUUUUACUGAGGAUGUUACGAGACAAAUGAUCAUUUGCCAGAAGAGUCCUUUUUUAUUUUAUUUUAACCUUUCUUUACCCUUUCUAGGAGAUUUUGUGUGUUUGAACAAUGAAAAUUAUCACUAUCUCUCAGCACAAACACCGAGGGCAAGUGCUAGAUUCACACCCAGAGAGGCUGAGGGGGCAUGGAGUUACUUUCUGAUCCCUGCAGAGACAUGAGAUGCAGUCAGGAGGGGGAGAGGGUGGGGAAACAGUGCUGGGAAACUGCAGACUUUUCUCGAGAGCCAGAGAGCUGAAGCUAAGAAUUGUGAACUUGCUGCACCAACGACAGAGAGACUCAGGAAUUGCCCUGUGAGUGCUGGGUGAAGCCAUCCCUGAAAUCUAAAGGGCUACAAAUGAUGCCCCAAGAGGAAUGAUGAGGGGACAGCAUCACCUGAUUGCUGAGAGGAUGAGCCUGAACAAAGACAAGAAGGAAUUUGGGGAAGCCAACAUGUCUGAGCCAGCCUUGAAGCCAGACUGACCCCCAUCAUAGAGACCAGAGGGAGAUGAGGAGCCUGACAGCCCAGCUGGUCACCCCCUCCCCAUAUAACAGUGUCCUGCAUGGGAAUCACAGAGACUGUCUGCCCCACUCACCCCACACUGUACCUCUCUAAUCUCAGCUCCUUGGAUUCCCUGCUCUUGGAGUGUUUGCUUUGUGACUGGGUCCCACCAUCUCUCCUGGGUUCUCUGCACUUUUCUACCAGUUUGUAAACGUAGCUUGGUUGCUUGUGCUUGGGGGAUUUGGGCGCAACAGUGUGCUGGACUGGGGAUGUAAAGUAUCGUGCUGAGCUGGGCUGGGGGCGGGGAAAGGAGUUUGUCUUUGUUCGUCCUUUGGAAUAAUAAAGUAGAAUUUAGUUUCUCACAC